UCCACCAGUAAAAAUCCAAAGAGGAAGAUUUCUAUUGGCAAAAUGUCGGGCCACGAUCAGCUGGUCCUCUGUUUGUGUGAAUUAACAAGGUUGCUGUGGAAGUUGCUGCUGCCCCUGUUGUUUCUGUGCUUGCUGCUGAUCGCUGUCCUGGUCCUGCUGGUGCUGGCUGUGCGUUUCUGGCUGCAGAGUAACAGGAACGCUCGGCGGGCGAGAGAUGGCCGUCCCACUGUGGCCUUCUUCCACCCUUACUGCAAUGCCGGUGGUGGGGGAGAAAGGGUGCUCUGGUGUGCUAUCAGGGCACUACAGAACAGGUAUGCAGACAUCAACUUUGUGGUGUACACAGGAGACCUGGGUGUGACUAGUCAGCAGAUUCUGGAUGGUGCGAGGCGUCGUUUCAACAUCGUGCUCCCCCGCCCGGUUCAGUUUGUGUUCCUGAGGCACCGGCUGCUCGUGGAGCCCGGCCUGUUUCCUCACUUCACCCUGCUGGGCCAAAGUGUGGGCUCCAUCUUCCUGGGGUGGGAGGCGUUGACGGAGUUUGUCCCUGACCUUUACAUCGAUUCCAUGGGCUACGCCUUCACACUGCCUCUGUUCCGCUACCUGGGAGGCUGCAGCGUGGGGAGUUAUGUUCACUACCCCACUAUCAGCACUGACAUGCUGUCCGUAGUGAGAGAGAGGAACCCCAGGUUCAACAACCCAGACUACAUCUCCAACAGUCUGUUCCUCAGUGCCUUCAAGGUGGUCUACUACUGCCUUUUCGCCCUGCUCUAUGGUAUGGCUGGUUCCUGCAGCGACCUCAUCAUGGUCAACUCCUCCUGGACCCUCGAUCACAUCCUGUCCCUGUGGCGCGCUCCCAAUCGCACCAGUGUGGUCUACCCACCCUGCGACGUCAGCGCGUUCCUGGAUGUCCCGCUGGAAGAGGACGGGGACAGGAAGUGCCACUCGAUCGUCUCCGUCGGGCAGUUCAGGCCGGAGAAGGACCACCGGCUGCAGAUCCGAGCUUUCAAGAAGGUGUUAGACAGGAGGCUGGGGCGCAGGGAGGCGCUGAAGCUGGUUCUGAUUGGUGGAUGUAGGAACCAGGAAGAUGAGGACAGGGUGCUCAUGUUGAGGGGGCUGUGUCAGGAGCUGGGGGUGGCCGACCGGGUGGAGUUUAAACUGAACGUACCUUUUGAUGAGCUGAAGAGAGAGAUGGGGGAAGCUACCAUAGGGCUGCAUACCAUGUGGAACGAACAUUUUGGGAUAGGUGUUGUAGAGUGCAUGGCAGCAGGGAAGGUCAUGCUCGCCCACAAGUCUGGCGGUCCCAAACUAGACAUCGUGGUGCCCUUCGAAGGAGGCCAGACAGGCUUCCUGGCUGAUGACGAGUACAGUUACGCCGAGGCCAUAGAGAGGAUCCUGGCUCUCCCGCCCUCCAGCCGCCUGCAGAUCAGACGCAACGCCCGUCAGUCUGUAGCUCGCUUCUCAGAUCAGGAGUUUGAGGCUUGCUUCCUGGCCGCUGUGGAGCCUCUGAUGGGGACCAUUGAGCGAUGAGAGAAGGACUUGUUCUAUGUGUGUGUAUAGUUCAUGUGAUAGUAGCCAUUUGCAACUGUGGGGACAUUGGCUGUGUUAACACCGUAGUUCAGAAUAUGUUUACAUUUAAUGGUCAGGCUAGACGGUUUGCACGGCUUUCUGGGUGGCAAAGAUCACUCAGUGUUCAACAAACCAAUAAAAAAUCACGUGUUCUUGUACUUUUAUAAAACAUUCUCUUUAUCUUGUGAAGAGUUGACAGUUCAAGCUUGUACCACAUUUUUACAGGAGUCAUUCCUUGGUCAGUAGUUCUGGUUUCAUAAAAACGAAUGUAUUUUAUUUAUUGUUGGUGAAAAUGGGAACAAAUGUGCUUUAGUUUAGUAAAUAACGAGGGACACAAACAUGUCUGUUGUUUACAAGAACUAGAAUCGAUUCCCUACACACACCCCAAAAAAAAAAAAAAAAAGUAUUUUUGAUAUUAAUGAUGAAUGUAACAAAUGUAUGAUGAAAAUGAGGAAUUGAUGUCUGAAAAGAGGAUUUAUCAUUGUAAAUAAACUUAAAUUCACU